GGCGCCCCUUAAGGCCCCAGUGCAUUCUGGGACGGCACCCUCUCUUGUAUCGAGAGAGGCGCCGCUAAACCGAAACCGAUUGUCAUCUGUUGAGAGACAGCGGUCCAGUUACUGGUAAAGGUGCAGCCAUUGUCCCCAGGCCAUGUCUGUGCGGGAGUCUUUUAACCCCGAGAGUUAUGAACUAGACAAGGGGUUCCGAUUAACCCGCUUCACAGAACUCAAGGGGACUGGCUGCAAGGUCCCACAGGAUGUACUUCAGAAGCUUCUGGAAUGCCUGCAUGACAAUCACUUCCAGGAAGACGAGCAGUUUUUGGGGGCAGUUAUGCCCAGGUUAGGUAUCGGCAUGGAUACUUGUGUCAUCCCCUUGAGACACGGCGGUCUUUCACUUGUUCAGACGACAGAUUACAUUUACCCCAUUGUGGACGACCCCUAUAUGAUGGGACGCAUCGCCUGUGCCAACGUGCUGAGCGACCUCUAUGCUGUAGGUGUCACAGAAUGUGACAAUAUUCUCAUGCUUCUGGGGAUCAGCAACAAAUUGUCAGAUAAGGAAAGGGACAAAGUGAUGCCCCUGAUUAUUCAGGGGUUCAAAGACGCGUCGGAGGAGGCAGGAACGUCGAUAACGGGGGGGCAGACGGUGGUGAAUCCCUGGAUCGUUCUCGGCGGAGUGGCGACGACAGUAUGCCAACCCAACGAGUUCAUCAUGCCCGACAACGCUGUACCUGGAGAUGUGUUGGUGCUGACAAAACCCCUGGGGACACAAGUGGCCGUGGCUGUGCACCAGUGGCUAGACAUCCCUGAAAAGUGGAACAAAAUCAAACUGGUGGUGACACAGGAAGACGUGGAGCUGGCUUAUCAGGAGGCCAUGAUGAACAUGGCCCGGCUGAACAGAACCGCGGCCGGCCUGAUGCACACCUUCAACGCCCACGCCGCCACCGACAUCACGGGCUUCGGGAUCCUGGGCCACGCCCAGAACCUGGCCCGGCAGCAGAGGAGCGAGGUGUCCUUCGUCAUCCACAACCUGCCCGUGCUGGCCAAGAUGGCCGCCGUCAGCAAGGCCUGCGGCAACAUGUUCGGCCUCAUGCACGGCACCUGUCCGGAAACCUCGGGAGGCCUGUUGAUCUGCCUGCCCCGAGAACAAGCGGCACGUUUCUGUGCUGAAAUAAAGUCCCCCAAGUACGGCGAGGGCCACCAGGCCUGGAUCAUCGGCAUCGUGGAGAAGGGCAACCGCACUGCCAGGAUAAUUGACAAGCCCCGGAUCAUCGAGGUGGCCCCACAGGUGGCCACGCAGAACGUCAACCCCACUCCUGGGGCCACCUCUUAAUCCUGCCUCCCCCCCAGCCUUUUUAGACACAUGUUCUGAUGCCAUCCUUGAAUACAUAACAACUGCUGUGUCUGUGUGAUUCUUGUGUGCUCAGACGUCACCUUAGGGCAGAAGGGACACGGACACAGUUUAAAAAGAAAAAAAAACAGUAAGUUCAUUGCCUUUGUGUCUUUUUUUCCUAUGUUAAGUGAAGACACACCUAAUCAUAAGGCAGCUUCUGAGCUGAGAAUAUUAUUACCCAACACUGUUGAUUCAUUUUGAAUCUUUAGACAGGUUUCGUCUAUCGCCGUUUAGGCUCUCUUCAAAGGUGUCUUCACCCUGCACACCUUACCGAUACGUAGCAAGCAUUUUUAUUGUUUUAUUUUUUUUUUCGUUAGUCCCUGCACUAUGUACAGUGAAAUCCCAGGACUGGAGUACGAGCUCCUAACGGAUGCCAUGAGAAGAGCGAAGCGGGAUGUAAACCAGGAAGUGGGAACUUGAGGGGUUGCAUGGUAGUUUGUGUUGUUUUGGCCGGUUUAUUUUAUUUUUUUUCCUCCCUAUCCAAUAAUGUUCUACACGUCAGUCAGAGGAGAGAUCGGUGCAUGCUGGUAGUGUCAGCUGAGGAAAGUUAACGUUAUAUACCGAUAAAGGUGCCGUGCGUGUCCUGCGUAAUCGGUUAUUUUGACGUUUCUCGUAACAGUGCGACUGCUUCGGUCUGCUGGAUUCUGGAGGCCAUAAACGCCCAAGGAGCGGCUCAACCGUGUACAUGCUGGGGGGUUCAGGGAACUUCCCACGACAACAUGUUCUGUGGUCAGUAGUUACAGCGUGUGCGACAUUGGCCACUCAGUACGUCUCCAUAGGCACUUCAGCGUGUAGUGCGUCACAUAGCUCUCUUAGUUUAAUUUUUUAUCUUUUUUGUUUUGUUUUGCAAAACAGUGUCAUGUCAACAUUGCGACUUCCGCUGAGACCCCAAUAAAUGUAUAAUUUUUUAUCUCUUGUA